CUAGCGUUAGCAUGACAGUAGCCGCGCCCCACGUUUCUGUGUUUACUUUUAUUUAACUUAAAUCUACGCGUGUAAGCUUAUACAUUUCAAAAAAUUUAAACGGUUUUACAUGUUUGUGAUAUCAGUGAACUGAAAACAAAAGAGCACACGCACGCAAAACUAUAAUAAAGGUGCGAAAUUGACGGGUGUGUGCGCUAACGGCUACAAAUGCUAAACUUCGGCAUGACACACUGAAAUCUCACUUCCACUCAAUUAAAUCUCACCUAAUCCUCAACAUAGUGUCUCAUGAGGUAUAAAAACACGGUACAUGGUUUUGUGCUUGUACCAAUUUAGAGGAUAAAGCUGACUGAACCGUGAUGUUGGCAGACCACACCCAUACCAGAACGUCAGUAGUGAGCAAUGGAAGAACACCAGCAGACAUUACUGAACCAGCUGAGGGAAGUUACUGGAACCACAGAUGUUCAGCUAUUGCAGCAAGCCCUUCAGGUCAGUAACGGUGACCUAGCCGAGGCGGUUGCCUUCCUCACGGAGAAGAAUGCCAAGGUACCGCAGCAAGAUGAAGCCACCUACUACCAGACAGCUCAAAUUGCCAACGAUAGAUACAUCAGCGUGGGCAGCCAGGCUGACACAAAUGUAAUCGAUCUCACUGGAGACGAUAAAGAUGACCUUCAGCGAGCCAUCGCCCUCAGUUUGGAAGAGUCAAGCAGGGCCUUCAGGGAGACAGGCAUCACAGAUGAAGAGCAGGCCAUCAGCAGAGUUCUGGAGGCCAGCAUUGCCGAGAACAAGGCUAGCCUGAAACGUACGCACACAGAGGUAUGGAGCGAUUCGCCCAAUCCUCACGACAGGAAGCGACAGGAGAACUGUCCCGUAGGGCUGAAGAACGUGGGAAACACGUGCUGGUUCAGUGCGGUUAUACAGUCUCUGUUCAACCUGCUGGAGUUCCAGAGGCUGGUGUUGCAUUAUUCACCCCCUGCACGGAUGCAGGACCUGCCCCGCAAUCAGAAGGAGCACAGGAACCUGCCCUUCAUGCAGGAGCUCAGAUGCCUCUUCUCCUUACUGGUGGGUUCCAAGCGGAAAUACGUGGACCCAUCUAGAGCCGUAGAGAUCCUCAAGGAUGCCUUUAAGUCCAGUGAAUCUCAGCAGCAGGACGUUAGCGAGUUCACCCAUAAACUCUUGGACUGGCUGGAAGACGCGUUUCAGAUAAAGGCAGAGGAGGACAGGGAUGGAGAGAAGCCAAAGAACCCGAUGGUUGAGCUGUUUUACGGGAGGUUUCUGGCCGUGGGCGUUCUGGAAGGAAAGAAGUUCGAGAACACAGAGAUGUUUGGCCAGUACCCUCUCCAGGUGAACGGCUUCAAAGACCUGCACGAGUGCUUAGAAGCUGCCAUGAUCGAGGGCGAGAUCGAGUCUUUGCAUUCUGCCGAGAACUCCGCCAAAUCAGGACAGGAGCACUGGUUCACGGAAUUCCCACCUGUUUUGACCUUUGAACUGUCAAGAUUUGAGUUCAAUCAAGCCUUAGGUCGACCUGAGAAGAUUCAUAACAAGCUUGAGUUUCCCUCCAUGCUGUACAUGGACAGGUACAUGGACAGGAACAGAGAUAUCACACGGAUAAAACGAGAAGAGAUCAGAAGACUAAAGGAGCACCUGACAGUCCUCCAGCAGCGACUGGAGAGGUAUCUGAGCUACGGCUCAGGGCCCAAGCGGUUUCCUCUAGCCGAUGUUCUUCAGUACGCCAUGGAGUUUGCAUCCAGCAAGCCUGUGUGCACGUCGCCUGUAGAAGACAUCGAUACAACAGCCCCACCUGGUGGCACAACUGCACAGGUGCCACCUGCAGCAAGUGUAGGGGAGCAGCCCGAUGCCUCUCUCUCUGCGGAAGGUUCGGGCACAGGUCCACAAGCCCAGCAGCAACAGCAGCGGGUUCCGAUCCAUAAACCUUUCACUCAGUCUCGUGUCCCGCCGGACAUGCCCAUGCACCCCGCCCCCCGACACGUCACAGAGGAGGAGCUGAGGGUGCUGGAGGGCUGCCUGCACCGCUGGAGGAGCGAGGUGGAGAACGACACCAGGGAUCUGCAGGCUAGUAUAUCCAGGAUCCACAGGACUAUUGAGCUCAUGUAUUCUGACAAGUCCAUGAUGCAGGUUCCGUACCGGUUGCAUGCUGUUCUGGUCCACGAGGGUCAGGCUAACGCAGGUCACUACUGGGCGUAUAUCUACGACCCACAUCACCGGCGAUGGAUGAAAUACAAUGACAUCUCUGUGACGAAAUCGUCCUGGGAAGAGCUGGUCCGAGACUCCUUUGGUGGAUAUCGCAACGCCAGCGCUUACUGCCUCAUGUACAUUGAUGAUAAAAAACCCUUCCUUAUUGAAGAAGAGUUCGAUAAAGAGACUGGGCAGAUGUUGAGCGGUUUGGACAAGCUCCCUUCAGAUCUGAAGGAGUACGUGGAGGCGGAUAAUAAGCUCUUUGAGAGAGAGAUGGAGGAGUGGGACGCUCUUCAGGCCCGCAAACUCCAGCAGGAGAAACUGGCUCUGGCUGCAGCGUCCAGUGUGGCCGCCCAGCCCAUGAGCACAGAACCAUGUCCUCAAGACAACACAGCAGCCCCCCAGCAGGAACCAGAAUAUAUGGAGCAGCAGUCACCCACCGGAGACGCCAAACACCUGCAGGAGGACACAGAGAGAGCCAUAAGCAAAGCUGCGGCUGAACACGACGAGAAGAGCCCGGAGGCUCUCCUUAACACAUCUCAGUCAUAUCAUCCUGACCACCAGGUGACCUCUGACCCCUGCCCUCCCUCUGACCCUGAGCAGGACGACUCCGCCUCCUCUCCGCCCGAACCUCAGCGGGUGGUGGAGGUGGCCAUUCCUCAUGUAGGAACCUUCGUUAUUCAGUCGAAGGAGGGAGGUUAUGAUGAUGAGGCGAUGAUGACCCCAAACAUGCAGGGUGUCAUAAUGGCCAUUGGCAAAUCCAGGAGUGUUUAUGACAAGUGUGGGCCUGAAGCAGCGUUCUUCAAGGCAAUGAAAGUAGAGUACACACGGUUACUGAGGUUUGCCCAGGAGGACACGCCUCCCGAGAGGGACUAUAGGCUACAGCACGUCAUCGUUUACUUCAUACAGAACCAGGCGCCCAAGAAGAUCCUGGAGAGAACUUUGCUCAUGCAAUUUGCAGACAGAAACCUUGGCUUUGAUGAGAGGUGUAAAAACAUCAUGAAGGUAGCACGCGCUAAACUGGAACUCAUUAAACCUGACGAGGUUAACAUGGAGGAAUACGUGGUGUGGCAUCAGGACUACAGGAAUUUCCGCGAUACAACAGUGUUCGUGUUAUUUGGACUGGAAUUGUUCCUGAAGAAAAGUUAUGUGGAAGGAUUGAUGUACCUGAUUUACGCCCAUCAGUACAAUAAAGAGCUCCUGGUGAAAGGGCCGUACAGAGGCCAUGAUGAGGAGCUGAUCGCCCAUUACCGUAGAGAGUGCCUGCUGAAACUGAACGAGCAUGCGGCCGCACUGUUUGAGACGGGCGAGGAGAACGAGGUGAACGCCGGUCUGAGCAUCAUGAACGAGCUGGUGGUGACCUGUAUUCCGCUGCUGCUGGUGGAUGAGAUGGAGGAGAAAGACAUGGUGGCCGUGGAGGACAUGAGGAACCGCUGGUGCUCAUAUCUGGGACAGGAAAUGGAACCUAAUCUCCAGGAGAAACUCACAGACUUUCUGCCCAAGCUGCUCGACUGCUCAACCGAGAUCAAAAGCUUUCACGACCCACCCAAACUCCCCUCCUACUCUACACUAGAGCUCUGCGAGCGCUUCAGCCGGGUCAUGACAUCACUCACCCAGAGUCGAACCCCCGCAGACGGCAGAUGAGCUGACGUCAUUUCCCUCCACUAACACGCAAAGCAGGCCUUUCCCUAACCUACCGAACCUUACUUUUCUCUUUUGCUGCUAGAGAUUUUAUCUUCAUUGGUAUUAUUAUUAUUAUUUUGAGAAUUCUGUUAUUUUAAAGCUAAUGCAACAGUGGGAAAGGUAUGAAAAGAGCACAGAAAAAGAAAGCAUUAAAACUGAGAACGCCACGGCUGUGCUUUAGACAUUAGCGCAUGCAGCUUUAGCUUUGUGAAACGAGGUUGAGGAUUUAUUUCAAUAUUUUUUGUUUUUAUUUGUUCUCAGUCGACCCUUUUCACAUCAGAAGCGGAACAUUCUGCUCAUGUGAUCCCAGUUUGUAACCGUGUUAUCACAUUAGGUUUUUUGUGUUUUCUAAAGGAUGGUGUACUGAAAAGCUUGAGGUUCUCAGACGCGUCUGCAGACCGGACGAAUGGGUCUUUAAAACAAGUUUUAAGUGCUGUGGUUGGCAGACAUGGGGCACCCUGUGGCUUGUUAAUACAUUGAGAGAAUAAAAUUUUAUUUAUGGCUCUUUUAAGCCAGAUACAUAUUUUUUUAAACGUUCCUAAUCUUUAUUGAACUUGGCAUUGAGUGAAUCUGUGCUAUGCUACUUUGGGUAUCUCAAAGAGAACAGAGUAUGUUUUCCCUAGGGACUUGGAUAGGUUUGACUCCUUUUUAGACUCGUCCUGAGUUUGGUUUACCAUACAAAGUUUUACAGAUACAGGAACAGCCAAGUAUUGAACGAAAAGGCACAAACAAAAGAAAAUUGAUCCCAAAGAAAAUUGAUUCGAAUACAUUACUAUGUAUGCCAAUUCUGUCUUUAACAGUCCAUCGCUGUGCCGUCAUAUUAAAAUGUCCAGAGGUGAAAUGCUUUGAUGCAUUGUUUCAAAGUUGUGCACACAGGUCUAUUGGAAAAAUGGGGAUUUGAUGCCAAGCAUCAACUAGGACUGGAAUUUUAGCAUUCACACUGGUGGAAAUUUCCUGGAUGGAUGCACUCGUAAAGAAGUCUACUCUGACUAUCAUUGUAUAUAUUUUUACACCCUUAUGUUUGUCAAGAGUGUGAUUAUUUUUUUCUUUUUUUCAUCAGAGCAGCCUGUUCUGUGCUUAUGAUUUUAAAAAGCUAUUAAACAAAGCUGACACAAAUAAACAAACCAAAACCUACUGUAAA